CGAUGGGGGUGGCUAUAUAACCACGGGGAAAUCAAAUAAAUACCCGACCUUUUAUCAAAUUAAUAAUAUAUAUAUUUCCACAAAGAGUCUUUCCUCUCUAUUUCUCGCCUCCUUCCUCCAUCUCUCAGCUGAAAUCCCCCAGAAAAAGGAAGGAAGAAAGGGGACACUUGGAGAAAAGGUUCUCUCUAAGCUUAUGAUCCUAAAGCGUGAAGCCAAGAUAGAACAACAACGAGCAAACUCAAAACUUGUGCUGUGUCUUGAUGGGGAACUGUUGUCCUGGCGGAUCUUCUAGUGUUCGACAUGAACAGAGCCCUGUCUCCACCAAGCCCCUCUCAGUGGUGAAAAAUAUUCAAGAUCCAGUAAAAAUAAAACUUCCCCCGCCGUUGGUGGCGAUGCCCCCAGCUAGGGGUUUGAAACCAAAGUUUCCAGCGGCGGUACCAGGACGGCCAACGAGACCCGUCUAUAACCCCCCGCGUGAGAAGCAACGGGAGAAGACAAGAUCCGUAGAUAGUCCACCAUUAAAGCCGGUGGAGAAACUAGGUAUAGGUAAAAAGGCAGUGCCGCCGAGCGGGAAGAUAGUGACGCCGAGUCUAAAAAUGUUUUCAUUAGCGGAUCUUAAGACGGCGACAAAGAAUUUCCGACCGGAGUCGAUGAUCGGAGAAGGUGGAUUUGGACAGGUGUUCAAAGGAUGGCUGGAAGAGAAGACGUUAGCUCCGUCGAGGGCCGGCGUCGGAAUACCAGUAGCCGUAAAGAAAUCAAACCCUGAUAGUGCUCAAGGCUUGCAUGAAUGGCAGUGUGAAGUGAGAUUCUUAGGGAAGUUUCAUCAUCCAAAUCUGGUCAAGCUCUUAGGUUACUGCUGGGAAGAGAAUCAGUUCCUAUUGGUUUACGAGUAUUUGCCUAAAGGAAGCCUUGAGAAUCACCUCUUCUCAAAAGGAGAGGCGUUGACAUGGGAUACACGUUUGAAAAUUGCCAUUGAAGCAGCUCAAGGACUUACUUUUUUGCAUAACUCAGAAAAGAGUGUUAUUUACAGAGACUUCAAGGCUUCAAACAUUCUUCUUGAUUCGAACUUCCACGCCAAGCUUUCUGACUUCGGUCUAGCCAAAAAUGGUCCGAUUAAUGGAUUCUCCCACGUGACCACACGUGUCAUGGGCACACAAGGUUACGCAGCUCCCGAAUACAUGGCUACAGGUCAUUUAUAUGUGAGAAGUGAUGUUUACGGGUUUGGAGUGGUACUCCUAGAGUUAUUAACCGGUCUAAGAGCACUAGACCCAACCCGACCAUCUGCACAACAGAACCUCGUGGAAUGGGCUAAACCGGUUCUGACUCAGAAAAAGAAGAUUCAGAAAAUGAUGGACCCACGUCUCGAGCACAAGUAUCCAAUUUUGGCAGUGACCAGAACCGCUGCACUAAUUCUACGGUGUCUCGAGGCUGAUCCGAAGAACCGACCGCCCAUGGACGAUGUGCUUAGAGAGUUAGAAAUCGUGAGGACUAUCAGAGACGAACUAAGAGAAGAGAGGCGUAAACGUAGCGGUGGUGGUUCAGAUCAUAAUAACCGUGUUAAUGGAUAUGGAUUACCGCACGUCCGUAGAACUGGCCGCACCGGAUAGUCGAAGAGAGUGGCUGUGGAGUCUUAUACACCAUGCAUACGUAAAGCUUUAUUUUUUUCAAUAAAACGUAUUCUUUUUUCCGUACGUAGUGUUUUGCUUUUACAUUUUAAGGAAUUAGUUAAAUAUAAUAUGGCAAAAAGAAUGAAAGAAAACUUAGUGAAAUAUUUUCUGUACAAUAUUACAGUUCUAAGUUUCUCA